AUGACGAACAGCAACACUUUCGAGCUUAUCGCCAACGCCUCGUCUCCGGCUGACCUAUUAACCCACUUGAAAGAUCUGAAAAAUGGUGUGAUAGGAAACACAUGGAAGAAAGUCGAAGUAGCAGAGGAUGCGAGAUUGCUCAAACUUCUGUUAUCGUUACUUGAAUACCCAUCUUCGAAUAAGGACGUAGAUGAACCGAUGGCUCUGGAAUUGAUGAGCGAAACAGCAGUGAUCAUAGGAGCUUUGGCAAACGUUGGACACUUGACGUUACAACCUCUACUUCUCUCCUCGACCCCAUCAUCUCUCCUGACAUUGAUAAUAUCCCUUACCACCUCUUCCCCGACCCAUAUACCAGACAAACAAGUGGAUCGCAUUCUACCUCACUUGCUGAGGGCAUUGAGGAAUAUCCUAGUCUCGACAGCAGAUAUGAUCUGGGGUCACAUGUGGGGUGUAGGAGCAGAGAGGAAGGUAGUGGGAACUGGACUAGUCGGUGAACAAGAGAUAGCAGAUACAAGGGGUAAACAAGCUGUUGGGAAAGGGUGGAAAGGUGAAGCUUCCAAAGCAUUAUCAUUAGUCUUUGAGCCCAACAACCUAUCAACAUUAUUAUCUCUUCUCGAAACCCACUCUGAUCCACAAAUCCUCCUACCACUCUAUCAACUGCUAUCUCGUCUGGUAGCUCUCCCAUCACAUCGUUCAGCCUUACUAUCAUAUGCCCCUGGUCCAUCGACAUCCACAGUUGAACUACCAUUUAUCAUUCAGCAUCUUCUCAAUACCGUAAUAUGGUUAACACCCUCCUCAGGGGGUAGUUUCUAUACGACACGAAAACCCAAUACCAAGCUUAUCGAAGCUUCCCUCGAUCUUCUGGCUGCUCUAGUCAAAGGUCAACCUGCUUUAUCGAUCGCUAUCAGGUCAUGGAAUUUGUAUGACAACACUCGUAAUAUUGAAGAAGAGGAUGGAGCGAGAAAAUCGGAAUUUAUAGGUAUAUUAUUGGAAUUGGUAUCGAGUGGUCCAGCGAAUACGAGGAUAGCAGCUGCAAGCUGUCUAACUAAUGUGAUCAAAGCGGAUAAAGGCAUAAGACCAACCGAUCGUCUAAGAUCAACCGCUAUAAAUUAUCAAUUACUGGAUGAGAUAAUCAAGCUGCUUCAGUCUGAAGGGAUGGAGGAGAGAAUCAAGUUAUGCUUCAUUCUGGCUGCACUGGUAUCGGACGAUGCUGCAUUGCAGAAAGCCGCAAGCGAGAAGGAUUGUCCCUCUCGUCUUAUUGGUAUACUGAUAUCUGCUUUUCAAGAGGAAGAGAAGGGAGAGAUAGGAAGUGAUCUUGCAUCAAGGAGCAAAGAGGCGACGUUCCUUGCCCUCGCUUCAUUGGCAAUGCAACAUGAUCCCACUAGAACCCUCAUAUCAGAUCAUUCACCACCAGUCUUACCUUACUUGUUCAAAGCGCUCUCAUCGCCUUCGUAUGGUGUGAGAGCAGCAGGAUGUCAACUUGCUCGAGCCCUAUCUCGAACCGUAUCUCUCCUUAGAACAAGUCUGGUGGACAGCGGUGUAGGAGAAGAGAUAAUCAGAUUAUUAAGGAGAGAAGUGGAAGCUAGCAAAGAGAUUGAAUUGAACGAGGAACAAAUCAGUGAUAGGAUAUGGACAGUAGAAGUUGCUGCGACGGCUACAAUAUGUAAUUUGAUUACUGAUUUUUCGCCUUUGAAGACUGUACUGCUAAGAGAAGGUGGCCUGGAAUUACUCUGUGAUCUCACUAGAUCACCAUACGAACCCCUUGCUCUGAAUGCGAUGUGGGCGAUCAAGAAUUUGACGUACCAUGCUAUGGAAGCUACCAAGAUUAUGGUGACUACUACAUUAGGCUGGGAUAGGUUGAGAGUUCUGACUUCCCCAUCGACCAUCCAAUCUCUUCGUGUACAAGCUCUCGAAAUCACUCAAAACCUCUUUGCCGAUUCUAGUGUUCCAGAAAUAACCAGGGCAGUAGAAAAUUUCGGUGAAACUGAACUGUUUGAUUCGAUCAUUCAAGCUUCUAGAGAAAGUCAAGAUGCUGAUCUGAGAAUACCAGCACUUUAUGUACUUUCCAAUAUCGCUUUGGGUAAUGAGAAGAUAAGGAACUCUAUAGUGGGUAGAGUAGAAAUUUUGGAAAUACUUUCUACUUCUCUUAACUCUCCCAACGACUCUAUCAAGAUACCCACCCUUCGUACACUUCGACAUUUGAUUGAGUCCAACUCAAAUUCGAAAAACCCCAAUCCCAAUCACAGAUCUAAACCAAGACAACAGAUGAUCGAUAUUUUCCAACCAUACCAAUUGAAGUAUCGUCUGAAAGAGUUAGUGGAAAGCUCCCUGAAUGUCAGUGUGAAGGAACAGUCGAUUGGGCUCUUGGAUGUUUUGGAGAGGGAGAGGGGGAAUGGAGGUAAUGGAGGGACUAGUUCAGGUGGGAGGUAA